CCGCGAAGGCAAUCGGUGCUACUAUUAUCCCACUCAAUCUGCGCCCAGACGUGUGGGAACCGGAGGUGGGAGCUCCUGCGUCACAAUAUGCAGACGCGAGCUAUACGUUGGUUGACGUGUCAAGCGUCGAGGGCUCCGCUAACCACGCCUGUCUCAUGCAUGGCCGCUUGUCCGUUCGAGGUCCAAGACGGGGCGUCAUUGCCAGCUGGCAUUGAGCCUAGAGGAGCCAUAUCGUCUUCUCCAGAUCGCCGGACAACACCUCAGCGAUAUCGCGGGCGCUCGAGGCUGGCGCGCAUGCAGCUACAGGGCUGCGUCUCUGCGUCCCCAGCCGCACCCAUAUCAACUGCCAGCGCUGCAUUGGCUCGGCGGGGUGCAUCAAUCCAUCUUUGCUUCUUCCAAACGGGAAAGAAGGCUUCGAAGUCCACAGACGGCGCUCCCAAGUCCAGCCACCAGCGGCCGGCUGGAGCCGUAGUUUGGCGACAUCCUCACGCUCCCCAGCUGGACCCCACGGUACGGAGCGUAGCAAAUGCAGGCUGACGGCAAGGUUAUGCUGGAUCAAUCAACUACAGGCCUGGUCUACCGUCCUGCACGUCCAAAUCCCUUGCGAGGUGGAGCAUCUGCAAGUUCUCUCCACGACAACACACAUACAAGGGAGCCGAAGGUCGGCCACGUCGUCCUGGCCGAGCUAAAAUAGGCCCUCCUUCACGAUUUCGACGUCAAUUGAGGUGGGAGACUCCACCCAGACCGCUCUGCUGCGUCAUAAGCGCCAACAUGCAGCAUUUGCAGCGGUUCGCAUCGACGGCCCCGUCACGUCAACCAGCGG